AGACGAGGUAUUCAAAGAAACCUUGCUGAAAUUUAACUUAACAAAAUGGGUGAGACAGAUAUCACGAGGCCUUGACCUGCAAAGCAUGUUGACUCAUCUCCGACAGCAGAAUGUUAUAGCGGACGAAGUAGUAAAGAUGAUAGAUGACAUUGAAUAUGAAAAUGAUAAACCGAUUGCAUUCAUCGAGUUUUUAAUCAAAAACGGGACAAAAAUACAAAUCUUAAAAUUUUGCAAACAACUCAGGGCACAGGGACAACCAAGUGGACACCUACCCGAUCUUAUUGAAGGAAAGAAUACGGAUGGCCGUGAUACUGUUGAUGAAAUUAAAGAACACGAGGAGAUCAGACUGAAAGAAGUGUCGCGGGAGCACCUGACCGCUGAGGAAAAUAGCAAUGAAACAUGCGAGGCUGUACACAUAUAUGUUGAAGAAAAACUAGGCUGUGAUGUUGAAUUUUCAGUACUAAAUGGAGUUAUUGGCUCUUUAUUUGGCUGCACGGAGAAAGAUGGCCGGUAUGAAGGGAUAUCUAUUGCAACGAAAAUUGAUGACGAUGACAAAAAAGAAGACAGACUUGAUGAUGAGGUAAAUGUUGCUGCACUGUCGUUCGAAGAAUAUGCAGAAUACAUUGGACGUAAUUUCCGCAGCAUUGGCGAAGAUGUCUGUGAGAAAAUAACCAAUGCCAUUAAAAAGGAAGCAGUUCAGAUGGAAACAUUUGUAGAAUUUACAGAGGAUGAUUUGAAUGAAUGCUUUGGUCAUUAUUUAGGUUGUACACAUUUGCCGUUCGGUACAAGGAAAAAGCUCCAGCUUCUGCAAACGCAUAUAAAAAGCCAUGUAAAAUCAACAACAAAAACUGCAAAGAUGGAGGGGUCUCUUAGACAAUUUGACAAGCCAUGCCUACAAAAAUACGAAAAAUGUGAAGUAAGUUACUGCUUGGGAGGCGACCAGAAUGUUCCCGCACACGAGUUUGUCCAACCGGUGUCUUCGAGAUUGACAAAACAUUUAAUUGUGAAGAAGACAAUAAGGUUUAUUUCGGCAUGUCUGAAUGCAAGAAAAAAUGGCACUAUUCAUUUUGGUAUAAAACGCACUGGGCGAAAUAAAGGUGAAAUUAUUGGCUGUGAGAAUACAGCUGUUAUAACAUCUGCUGAUGCAAUCAUUGUAAAUGGUAUAGCAAGGUGUUUUGGUCACCUUAAUACUUGCCUACAAAGAAAUAUAGCACGAUGUACUAGACCAGUACAUAUAAUACAUGUCUCGAACAAACAUUCAGUGGUCGCAGAAAUUGACAUUGUGCCAUUCGGUAAACAUUUAUCUGAUUCGUUCUACACCGCAAUGUUUCCGCCAAAUGGUCCACAAAAGGAAGUGUUCUUUUUGUACGAAGUUGGUCCAAACUGUGAUAUCGUUGAAAUAGAAAGAGGCAGGGUCGAAGCCGUACAAAUCGAGUUGAAGGAUGCUAUAAGAGAGAGACAUAUGCUUGAUGCAGAAACAUUGAGUCAUUACCGUUCAGCCUCUGAUCUUGUUCAGCAUUUAACCUAUGAACUCACGAGAGGGGCUGAAUAUGUAACAGAAAUAUUUUAUCCAAUAAUAUGUACGGGGAAAAUGGAAACAACCGAUUUUCUGGAUUACCAUGGUUUUCAAGAUGCGUUUCAAAAUUCCUACGCAGUAUUUGACUUCGGUUCCUCAAGAAAAUUGCGCAAGAAAAUGGAAGAUGGAAGUCCCUUGUUUACAGUUAAGUCAGCAACAGAUUUUGAUAUUGAUGAAAAAGAUAUCUCUUUUUCGGAUAAAGACAAGCUAUGGAUUUACUGCAAUGGAAAUGAUGAACUUGGAAUCUCAGAACUGGAUGCAGAUACUUGGACAGAUCAAAGAAUGAUUCCGCUGGAAAACGUCAUGCGGUACAUGAAGAAAAAGAUACCUCCACUACGAGCAAAAGUCCUUUUUUUGGUUUUUGGAGCAACUGAUUUAAAGGACCCAAUGGUUGAAUUUGCGCGUGAGGCCUUUAUUCGAAUUUUCAAACAUCAAUGUAUCAUCAUAGGUGAAACUCCUGACGUGUUAGAAGCCUUUAACUCUGAAAUAUCAAGGAAGAUUGGACAAGAAAAGAUAAAUUCUUCUUUGUUUUCUGGUCUCUCCUGGUUUGAAAUAUCUAAGGUUUUUCGAAAAACAUUUAAAGAAAGUUCGGAUAAUAUAUGCAAACUGCCGAAUUCAUCCGGAACAUAUGAAGAACUAACACAAAAAGAAAAGGAAAAAUGGAAAUAUAUUGACAUUCUUAGCAUGGAGGAAUGCGUUCAUGAUGAAAAGCAAAUGAAACCUGAUGAACAAAAGAUUAAGCAAAAGGAAGAAGAGACUAAAUUUUAUCAAGGAAAGAAGGCUUCAUGGUGGAAUUUCUACUAUGGGCACCAUGGAGAAAGAGAUCUUUUCAGUAAAUUGAGGUUUUCAAUUGAAAAGAAAUUGACGAGAACAGACGGUAAAAUGCUGGUGGAAUCAGUAGAGGUGAGACAUGAGCCUGGUGCUGGUGGAAGCAUAUUAGGCAGACAUUUGAUAUGGCAUUUCAGUCAAACACGGUGUAUCAAUGAACCUUAUAGGUGUUGUGUCGUAAAAGAGAUAACAGAAAAUACCGUCGAGGAAAUAGAAAAGUUUCGGCAAUACAAAGACUCUACACCUCGACCUGUAAUAAUACUUCUAGAUGAUGAGCCAGAUGGAAACAUGUUUUUUCAAAAGGGCUUACAUCAGUUAGCUUACAAAACAGCAUCUCCUGGGGAACUGUUCGGCAUUGUAAUAAAUGUAUCACGGGUUGCAUUGGCAAAUGAUCCUGUGGAAGAGGCUGAAAAUGGAAAGAUAGUAGUGAAAAACACCGUGAAACAUCGUUUGACAGACAGGGAGAGAGCAUGGUUUGAGAAAAAAUAUAAGGAAUUGGAAAAGUCAGAUGUUGAUGUUAAUACUUUAAUAGCAUUCAAUGUCAUGAGAAAUUCCUUUGACAAGGAAUAUAUCAAGUCCACGGUAGAGCAAAUUAUGAAGGAAGUCUCACCAACUGAGCUGGACAUUCUGAAGGUUCUCUCAUUGAUCUGCACUUAUGAGAUAGGUACACUUGUUCCUGAGAGUACAUUUGAUUCAAUUGUCGGUAUACCAAUAACGACAAAGCAGAAUAAGAUUGGAGAUGGAAAACCAUAUGGAAUGCGAAGAAAGCAGGUACCAAUAAAAAUUAGACGACUUCCAGAAAUUCUUAAUUCUGAGUCUUUGAGUUUAUUUGCUUGCAGAUCUGGUUAUGAGUUAAGAAACAGAGGAUUGCGCAUAAUAUCCCAACCUCUUGCAGAGGUUAUUUUACGCUAUAUACAGGAAACUCAGACGUUGAGUCUUGAAGACAUAGUGAUGUUCAUACUUAGCCAAACACAGCACCAUUGUUCAAAAGAUAACUAUGAGUCGACACGCUUUGUAGAAGUAGUCUGUUCCUUAUUCAAAACGAGAGAAGAUAGCGGGAAAGGAAGAGAUGGAGUGAAAGACAAAUUUUCGCGCUUAAUAUUUGCAUUCUUUGAUGAACGAAAUACAAAUGAUAUAGAAGAAGGUAAAGCCAGUGUCGUGCGAGUCAUGAGCAAAUGCAUCACAAUAACAGGAGAUGCCUUUGUUGGACAACAGCUGGCGAGAUUUCAUAUCAUCCACACAAAAGAUUUCACAGCUGCUGAGCAGGCCAUCUGUGAGUCCAUUGAUAUUUGUCAAAAUAAUUCGUAUUUACUUGAUACCUAUGGCCAAGUAUUCAAAACGAAUAUGGAAUACAUUAAGGAAAAGAACUGCCAAGGCGGCAAGAAAAUUAGCGAUGACCAUGCAAAAGAGGUUAUAUCUUUAGCAUAUAAUGCUAUAGACAAAUUCACGGAGGGCCAGAUUACGAACCAGGAGUACGAGAAGGAUAAAUGUAAUUUGAGCUGCUAUUUUAUGGAAGUAAGAACUCUUGUUGGGCUCUUAGAAAUAUUCGAGUUAUUCGAAUGUUAUACAAAUGAAGAUGACCUCUUAGAUAUACUGACAAAUCCUGACAGAGACAUCAACGGAUCUUUCCUGUCAGAUUUGAAUAAAAAUGGAAGUAUAGACCAGAUAAUUCAGGGUGGGAAGAGACAAGUUCAUGUGGCAGAUGCUCUACGUUUUGUCGAAGAACGGGACUACCAGGUAAAAAAGAUCUACACCAUAUACACUGCCGAAGAUGUUCUUUUACUGAGCCUACGUGAGAGAUAUGAAAGAUUCUAUCGAAGUCAUGGUUUAAAAUAUCAACUGAAGUUCGGGUACGGACUGAAGCCGCUAAUGAGGGCAUUUAAAUCCAAGGAAAGACCGCUUGUGGAAUCGAGGUAUUUGGAAGCAAAGCGAAAUCUUGAGCGUCUACCACUUGAAUAUGCAGAUACAAGGGAUCUUCUGUUUUUCAUAGGAUACAGUUUUAUGGAACUUUUGACGACAGGCUCGAUCAUUGAUGAAAGACUGUAUCGCCAGUUGCUGAGUUAUUCCGCCAAACUGCUUGAUACCCAGACACAAAAAGAUGUCAAAAGACCGUAUUUAGAAGCUUUUCUAUUUUAUUCUUUUUUUCACUGGCCAUUAAAAUCGAGAUUUAAGUACAGCAAUUUGUCGUCGCCGAAUACGUACAUCAGUUUGAUGGAAAAAUGGGAACAAACUUACCUCAAGAACAAUUAUAUUGCAAACCGAGAACAAAUGAAAGCUAAUAAAGGCAAAACUUACUUUGCACUGAGCAAAGAUCUCCUCGGUGUCCUUGACUUGUUUGAAAUUGAGAUGGAAUGGCGAGAGAAAAAAGAAAAAGAAGAAGGGAGAUCACGUAUGCAUGUCUACAAAGACUAUUUUUGGCGAGAGCCAUUUGUUGCGGAUCAGCUUAAGAGGUUAACAGGCACUCUUGACGAUUCUGGAACAGUUAUAAAACAUAUGGUUCAAUAUCCAAAGGGUAAUCAUCUUUUCAAGAUAAAGGCAUUUUACCCUUCUGCACAGCUUCGAAACCGUGAGGUGACGUUUGUGCUUGCGUUCACAUGGAGCGGGCUAAGAGCAUUCGAUGUUGUUGAAAAAUGUGAGGAAUUGUCCGGCAGUGGAGGUGAUGAUAACGUGGAUACGCCUGAGGAGUCUGAGGCUACAGUACAUGUUAAACCAAGGGAAAUAGACUAUACUCUUUACCAGCGCAAAAGUUCUCCAACAAACGACAUUUCAAAUAGGUCAAGAAAAGCGCACAGCCGUAGAGAAGGUUCGUCUAAUUCGGAAGGAGAAUCAAAGAAUGCUAAACCAUCUACAAGAAGUGAGGUUUGGUCUGCAAGCUUUCCAUUGGAACACUCUCACAAUUCUCGAGAUGCGGCCCGAUGUAGCAUUCAAGACUCGAUCCACAAAUUGCCUUGGAAUGAAAAAACUAAAGAAGAGCACUAUAUUACGGAUACACAGCCGCAAUUGAAGACUUCAUGGAGUGAUCAACCUUCUGAUAUCCCUGCGAAAGCUCAGUCUAGUGUUAUUCGAGGAGUAGUCGUGACUUCUGUUAAAAUCUCUUCUACAAAUGAGCCUGAUAAUUUCUUGGAAAAUGGUAAUCGAGACAACAGAUCAUCCAAUUCAAAACAACACAUGGAUUAUGCUACCGUAGCCUCGAAAGGUACUACUCGGCAGGUACAUCAGUUGUCUGAAAGACAAUUUCCAGCGUCCUCUUUUCCGAGAGAAACUGUGAGACCGAAAGAGCCCAGUGAGCAGUUUGGAUCGUUCAAAGAAAAACCUGAUGCGGCAUUACAUGAUAUGUCUCAAGACAGUGAAUACUGGGAAAAGUUACAAAAAGAAGGUAUUUAUAUUUUUACCAGGAUUCAUACCUAUUUCAGAAGUGACGUAAAGGACCAAUAUUCAUGGAAUAUAUCAAAUGAUAGAACGUCUUGCCAAAACCAAAAAGAUUUACAGAAGAUCGUAUAA